AACAACCUCUUGCAGAAAUGCAGGAUAAGGCUACAUAUAGAUGAAAAGAAAUGUUAAUCCAAGUAAAAGCAAGUGAAGGAGACAAGUAUUGACUCACCAACUCACCUAUAAGGCAAAUGUAAAACUCCAGUUAUGUUAUGGAUUAUUGCAUGAUUAAUUAAGGUGAUCAUCAUAAUUAUCUAGUACACGGAAUUUGUUGUUAAUUAAUUAGGUCAUCAAGUCUUUUUCAUAGUGGAUGGCGUCAAAGAAAAAAACAUGAGCACUUGGAAAAUUACAUGGUUAUUGUCCCCAAAAUUUAAGAUCAUCUACUUAUAACAGUAGCUAAAUUAAUCAAAAUUUAACGACUAAGUGGAGUCAAAUCAUGGAGUAAUCAUGAACAUUUGAAGUGGAUGUACUAUUCUAAUGCAUUAAAUAUCUUCACUAGUUCUCCAGUGAAGUAAGUAUACAUAUUUGAUGGACUCAUGACAUUCAUAGUGAAAUUACAGUAGCAGGGUUCAAAUACAACUAUAUAAAUAUAUCCCAUCUAAUCCCCAUAAUUAAAGAAAAUUAUAUAAUGGUCUUCACAACAUGUUUUUUGUUCUUUCUAAAAUAUAUACUAGUUUCUAAAAUAUUCAACAAAUCAAAAAAAAAUAUUCUUCUCUACCAUAAAGCAUGAAAAAAUGGACAUAUAUUGUUUUCCAGGAUAUUUGUACCAAAUGCACAAUUAGCGCAUGAUCAUUUAGUUAACAAUAAUGUCCUUCAUAAUAAUAAUCUCCAAUUUAAUGGAGUGAGGAACAUUCAUUGAUCUUCCUUACAGUUUAUUUGUUGUGAACUCUUUUUCCUGAAUUUGCAUUCUGUUGACAGGGGCGGCGUCAGGUAUGGCCGAGGGGUUAAAAUUAAUUUUUGUGUCUAUAGUAGAUGUUGAACUCCUCUGCUUGUUCGCGUGUUAAUUUUCAAUUUUGAAUUCCCUUGAUGAAAAUCCUAGCUCUGCCGCUAUCGGUUGAAAUCCUUAGUUAGUAGUAACUUCAUAUUUGCUGAUCGAUAUGAUUAAUUAGACAUGACAUAUAAUCGAUGCAGGGUAAUGGAUGAAGAAGAUAAGAGAAUGGAGAAUGCAAUUAAGCGUGAGUUAGAAUAUAAACAGAAGAUUGCAAAUUUAUUUCCGGAUCAUGAUGCUAAUACUGAUAUUUUUCCCUUAGAGGAAAAACGAUGGAAAGCUUUGAUUUCCAAGAGAAACAGAUCCACUGGUGGAAUACUAGAUUGCAGCCAAACAACCACCUGUAAAUAUGUCAAAGUUUCACAGGAAACAUUUGAAUCUGAUGAACAAAUUAAUGCUAGAGGUACCACCUCCAGGAGCAAUUCAAAUGUAAAAAGACAGAAAGCAUUGGUUUCCAAGAAUAUGAAAUCCGCUGGUAGAAUAAUUGACUGCGGUGCAACAGCUUGCAUACACACCGAAGUUCCUCAGGAGAUGUUAAAACAUUUGGAAUCUCAUGGACAGAGUACCAUCUUCAAGAGCAAUUCAAGUUUAAAUGCUGAAAUUCCAUCUUCUGCUCCCAAUGCAGCGCUACCACGUCCAAAUCAUUUUCCAAGUAUGACAUCUCCACUACGUCCAUCACUAAGCCCUGCGUAUAAUACUUACUCACGCAGAAAGAAAAAUACAGAGUCGUCCAGAAACUCUGGCUUUGUGUCACCUCGACAGAAGCUUACGCCAAACAUAAGGCACUAUUGUAAAGACUGUGAAGUUUACUGCUCUGGAGAUCUAUGUUACGAGCAGCACUUGAGAGGUAACAAGCACAAGGUAAAACUGCAAUGCUUGGGAGAUUCAAGUGUCAACGGAAAAAACAAGCAAGUCAUAAGAUGUGACCCGUGCGAAAUUUCCUGCCAGGACGAAGCUUUAUUAGAGCUGCACCUUAAAGGUCAGAAACACAAGGCUAAACAACAUGAGAUGGAACAUGGAGGGAAGAAUGAAGAUGAGAAUGGGAAGCAAUUCUGGUGCAAAGUAUGUCAAGUUCCAUGCACGAAUGGAGAAACAUUCAUGUUACACCUCAAAGGGAAAAAGCACAGGAGACAACUGUGUGUUCUUGAUCAGGAGAAGAAGAAAGCUGAAGCCCAGGACUCUGUCAUGCCUAGUUUUGUAUCGACGCAACAGAAUGGGGACUGGUCAGUCUGGUGAGAAGUGCGCCAGACGUAAUUAGUAACUUCAUCUCAUUAACUCCUCCGGGGACAGUUGAGGUUCUUAGACAAUUGAACACAUACUCAGUAGCAUUACCCAGCAGAAUAUUGAUGCAAUCAGCUCCAACUACUAGUUUUGCAGGUGUUAAUCACAUUUCAGGUGCAUUUUACUAAGUUUUAGGUCUCAAUGUGGUUAGAAUUUUACUAAAAGUUUUGUUUGUUCUCCUUACUUUAGACUAAGUUUAUAGAAGUACUUAUAUAAGAGUUACUCUGUGUAUGUUCUAGACAUGCUUUGCAGCCUGCCCAGCUUACUUAACAAUGUAUGAUAUAUUUACAUUUUCAUUA